AUGCGGGAGAUCGAGGCCCACGUGAAGGGGUUCGCCUACACGACUUUCCACGUCUACAGGACCGAAGUAGUCGCGGACGCCCACACCUGGACGCUCGACAUCCGCUACACUACGUUCUACCAGUUCUACAUGCGUCUCUUGGCGCUCGAGAAACACUUCCCCGUGGCCUUUCCUCCUAAAGCCGGUCUCUUCUUUUCGCCGCCGCCCGAAGAGCGGCAGGAACAGCUCGAUGCGUUCCUCUUGGGCACGCUCGCCUACUUUGACAUGCGAGGCCACCCGAAACGCAUGGCAGCUCUACUCGACGAGCUACUGCAGGUCUCGGAACAUUUGGGUGUCAAGGAAAACGACGACGAAGACCGCACGGCCAGCGAAGGCAGCUCCGAAGAGCACGACGAGUGCUUUCUCGAGAGCAAUCAGGAAGACGAGCCCCGCUCCUCUCCGCAGCCAUUCGCUGCUGACGUUGAAGUUGCGAGUGAAGAGCCGGUCGGCGCUCUUUCUGCGAACGGGUCCAGCGAGGUGAGAUUUAAAACGGUUGGGCUUGCGUCAGGGAUGUCUAUUGGAGCUGAUAUUGGAAAGGCACGAGGCACGACGACUACGACUGUCGUCGAGGAGUCUACUGCUGUGUCAGCAGGUAAGGGGGAGGACGGGGGUACUCGAGAGAGUCACGAUGCACACAGUGAGAGAACAGAAGCAGAAUACCCUGUCGUCAAAUGGUUUCGACGCUUGAGCACCUUUAGUUCGGGCUCUGUCGAAAACGAGGAGCUAGAGUCGGCUGCGAAGAAGAAGCAGCAAGAAGCAGAGGAGGCGGCAGCAAAAGCAAGAGCUGACGUAGAAGAGGCGGCGGCAAAAGCACGCGAGAAAGCGGAAGCGGCGGCAGCAAAAGCACGCGAGAAAGCGGAAGCGAAGGCUCGAGCCGAAGCAAUGAAAGCUGAGCUGUUGCGUGCCGUCAAAGCUGAGCUGUUGCGUGCCAAACAGGAACUGAACCUGCGUCUUGAGCGCUACCGGCACCCAGUGUUCUUUAGGACCUGCAUCUGCGGUGUCGGCCCGUCUCGCUACUCGUUCCCGUAG